GACCAGGGGGGCUCCCUACUAAUAUACAUUAAUCCAUUAUUAUUAUUAUUGUUAUUAAUAAAACGAGUCGUUUGUGUUUGUUUACUUUAACGAGAUACUAGCAAACAGAGACAAGUCGGACAUGUAUGAGUGUGAAGUAUCCAAAAUGCCGACCACUAGCGACUGAACCAUCCUCAUUCUCCCUCCGCCCCGCGCAUGAGAGGCGCGCGCCUGGAUUCCUUUUGUCCGACUGGGCACUUCAUGGAAUGACCCAUUCUGAAAAACAGGGGGGAGCCGUGGGAUUGUUUAUCGAAAUAAAACCACAAAUGAACCGCAUUCUGAGUUCUGUCCAGAGCAAACAUGUUAAAACAGAUAGUAUGAAUGAAUGUGAUAGUUUAUUUGUGUGUCAUUUGCGCUAUUGUGAUACACAGUGAACGGUGUAAUUUCCGACUCCCCCCGUGUGAGCUUUCUUGGCAGCGUCUAAUAGACCCCCAGCUUUUCUCUCAUUGGUUCGUGUGUUUAGACGCGAAGGAUGAGAAGGCUCAGAGCGGCGGCUCACAUGGGCAGAAGACGUCUGCUGUAACCAUGCAGUUACCGCGGCAAAAAUGGCGAAUUUUCCACUGAGUUCCUUGUAUGAAGCCAGUUUCACAGCAGCGUGGAGAUUGUUUAAGGAAGUACCAGCGCUCCUGGAUAACACUAUGCUGUGUAGGCAGUGAACACGUUUCGCCUCGCCUCCUCUCCUCUGCUCUCCUCUCCUCAUUCCUCCUCCUCCCUCUGCGUUUCCACAUAGCGGGCGCUUCGUCCUGGUACGAGUUAACGCACUCGUUUGGAAAGAUCAGAAUGUAAGGCAAAACUUCGAUUAAUGUCGUCAGGAAAAGAAGAGGCUUCACGAUCGUCCCGAGAACCGUUAUUUCCAGACAAACGCGUAGAUCUGAAAACGGAGGUCUUCAGCUUGCAGCUGUCUGAUCUGGAUCCCGGAAUGGUGGCUCGGAGCACAGAUAAUCUGGACAGUUCCGGGGAGCCCGCCACCCGCUCCAUUGGCAGUACUGCCAACUUGAAGGGGAGGAUGAGCAAAAGGGUGUCUGUCGUCAAAGGCCACUUCCCAAAGCUCACUGACUGUGCCCACUUUCACUAUGACAACGUCGACUUUGGUUCCAUUGAGCUUCAGUUUGCUAGCGAACAGAGUGAUGCUAGCUGGAGCUCAGCCAAUGCCAAAGACCUCGUCUUCCUCGUGCAGGUCUCCUGCCAGGGUAAGACAUGGACGGUGCGGCGCACAUACGAGGAGUUUCGCACCCUGGAUGCUCACCUGCACCAGUGCAUCUAUGACCGGCGUUACUCCCAGCUCCUGACCCUGCCAUCGCUUAGUGAGAUCGGGGACAGAGUGGAGCUCUUCACCCCCAUGCUAUCCGAGUACCUGAGCCGUCUCUCCGUGAUCGUGGACAGUAAGCUGAACUGUGGGCCCGUGCUCACCUGGAUGGAGAUUGACAAUCAUGGCAAUCGGUUUCUGCUAAAAGAAGAGGCCUCUUUAAAUGUCCCAGCAAUCGCAGCAGCGCAUGUCAUCAAGCGCUACACAGCCCAAGCCAGUGACGAGAUUUCUAUUGAGGUCGGCGAUAUUUUGUCUGUGAUUGAUAUGCCACCCAAAGAGGAGACCACCUGGUGGAGAGGAAAACAUGGCUUUCAGGUUGGCUUUUUUCCCAGCGAGUGUGUAGAGCUGAUCAAUGAGAAGAUGCCUCAGUCUGUCAGCACUCCCGCUGCCAAGAUAGUAGAGUGUGAUGCAGGCAGCUCUAGACCUGGAGUCGCCAGUGCACCUGGUUCAUCUUCUCCCACAUCAGUUUCCAAGAAGCAUGGCAAGCUGAUGGGUUUUCUGCGAGCCUUCAUGAAAUCCAGACCCAGCAAGCAGAAGCUGAAGCAGAGAGGCAUCCUGAAGGAGCGGGUCUUUGGCUGCGACCUGGGAGAACACCUUCUCAACUCUGGACAAGAUGUUCCCCAGGUCUUAAAAAGCUGCUCGGAGUUUAUUGAGAAGCAUGGCAUUGUAGACGGCAUCUACAGGCAUUCUGGGAUUUCCUCCAACAUCCAGAAACUGAGACACGAAUUCGACAGCGAGAAUGUUCCGGACCUGACGAAAGACGUGUACAUGCAGGACAUUCACUGUGUAGGCUCCCUCUGCAAGCUGUACUUCAGAGAGCUGCCCAAUCCCCUCCUUACCUACCAGCUCUAUGACAAGUUUGCUGAUUGCAUGGGGGAGAUGACGGAGGAUGAGCGCAUGGUGAAAGUGCAUGAUGUCAUCCAGCAGCUUCCUCCGCCUCACUACAGGACUCUUGAGUACCUCAUAAAACACCUGGCCCGUCUAGCAACCUUCAGUGAAGAGACCAACAUGCACAUUAAGAACCUGGCCAUCGUCUGGGCUCCAAACCUCCUCAGAUCUAAGGAGAUCGAGGCAGCGGGGCUCAACGGUGCUGACCCGUUUAAAGAGGUGCGCAUCCAGUCUGUAGUGGUGGAGUUCUUACUCACCAACGUGGAGGUGCUCUUCAGUGAUUCGUUUACCUCAGUGGGACGGUUUACUGCAGCGCGGCAGUCCCUGACCAGGCCCAAGUCCUUUGUAUCCACCAGGCUACUGUCUUUGGAGGAGGCUCAGGCUCGUUCCCAGGCUCCUCUGCUCCUUCAAGGAUCUUCUCACCCCCUACAGGAUCGCUUCCACACCGUGCUGGACCUCCCUACUCACAGAAGGAAAAGGGGCCCAAAGGUGCGGAAGGCAGCUGGAGGGAGCUGGAAGACGUUCUUUGCUAUUGGGAAACCUGCAGGCUCAGGCCGUCGUAAGCCCAUUCGGAUCACCUCGCUGUUCCAGCCUUCCACCUCUCAUGCAGGUUGCAGAGUGGACAGUGUCACCCUGCGGUCAGCCAAGAGUGAGGAGUCUCUUUCUUCCCAACACAGUGGAGCAGGUCAGGGGAAGCUGCAGCGCUUACGAAGACCUCGCUCCAGCAGCGAUGGUCUCUCUCUGGCUGCCUCCAUGGACCCUCAGCUCCUGGCUCAGCCACUUCCUUCACAAAUCCCACCCAGCCGCUCCUACGACAGCUUGCUGCCUGACGAGACCCGAGACACUAAUGAUGACGAAGAUGAUGAAGAUGAUGAGGAGGGAGUCUACAUGCUGCCCGAUUUCUCACAGGAACCUGCCACAUCCUGGAUGGCUGAAGAUGUGGCUGACUUUAGCCCCACUUUCCCGGAUGAGGGGCCGAUUGGAAUCGGAAGCAGUGGCCCCAUCGCCCCUGGUGAUAGGGAAUCGCCGUCUGCGGCCACUCCUCCUCCCUACCGUUGUCUGAGUCGCCAAGGACAUGCCCGUUCUGGAAGUCAGCGUUCAAUCACAGAAGAUCCAGACUCGGUGCUCAAUCAGUCAGAAGCAGCAGCACGUAGGAGUCUGAUUUUGGCUGCAGCCGCUCCAACCCAGCAGGUGUUCUGUCAGCAUAGGCCUCCUGCUGUUAAUACCCCUGCCUCCAGCACCACCCAGCCUGGAGAUCCCAACCUUAGUCCCUCCCAAAGCCAGCCCACUGCCCCACCAGCUCCUGUACCGUCUGCUCAACCUCCACAGGAAAGGCGCUCAUUUACAAAAAAGGUGGUGCAUGCCCUUUCACCAAAAGCACCAAAGUCGCCUCCACUGGACAUAUCUGACCCCAUUGCCAUCAGUGUGCCUGCUAAGGUGCUGGAAAUGAUUGGCGGGCGAGCUGGCGAAUUGCAGUCCGGGAACCCAGGUGGUGGACCUUCCCAGCCACCCCAAAUGAUUUCUAUGCUGCUGAAGUCCUGUGACUUCCAGCUUACAGAGAGCUGCCAACAGGAGCUAAGCAGCAAGUUUGGCCAAGAGGUUAAGACCAGAGGCCCCAGUGUUAUUGGUCCCACUGGUGCUCCCCUGCCCUCCCAAAAGCCCCCACCUCCUCCUCCUAAAAACCCAGCACGCCUCAUGGCUCUGGCACUGACCGAAAGUGCCAACAAAGCUCUUCGGCAGGGUGCCUCUCCUCCCUAUCGUCCCCGCCAGGCUGGGAGUCCCCCUGAAGCUGACGUCCGUUUCCAGCGGUCCCUGUCUGCUGACACAGGGGCUAUGCUCUCCUCUGAUCCAGACCAGCUGUACUCCACUGUGCGUCCCCUGUCUGUGUGGAUGUCUGAGGGCGGAGGUGAAGUUAACACUUCUGAAAAGACUACAGACUUGGCACAGGAGGAGGAGCCAAGAUCACCUCCAGGCCAGGACACAGGUACGCUCUCCUCUGACGGCUCAGUUUCUGACUCUGGAACAUCUAACAGUGAACUGUCUGCUGGUAGUUCCUCUGGGGACAAUGAGAAAACUCCAAGCCCCAUCUACAACCAGAAGCCACAGCUUCCUGCACCUCCAAAUCAGACUCCUAAAUCCAGCCCACCUGCUGCUAGCGAGGUUCCCUCACAGAGGAAACCCCCAGCGUAUGGCCGGCAGUUCUCUGCUCCACACCUCCAGCAACAGAUGUCAGGCACUGAGUCCAAAUCCCCCAACCAGGCUCAUUCCCAGCUCCUGCAUUCCAGAUCAGAGAGCUCCCCCUUGGUUCACAUACAUGCCUUCCAGCCCACACGCCCCAAGGUGCCCCCCAGGCCAUUGGAUUCUGCCCCACCAAGGCCCCCGAUCUCCAAGACUGACCGACAUGACUUCAUGCGUCGCUCCCUGGAUGCCGGUCGCAUCCGACGCAUGGUGGGACCAGCCCCAGGCAACCCACCACUUUCGAGAGCUUUUUCUGAGCGCAUUAGCAGCACGUCAGAUGCACUGUCUCGCUACCAUGCAGCCAGAUUGGCCAACCAGGCGGCACAAGUGACAACUGCUCAACCUCUCAUGCAGCAACAGCAAGCCCAGACUUCUCAUAUCCGACCUGCAUUCUCAUCUUCUGAAGAUCCCUCCAACAUGGAGAAUUUAUAUUAUGAGAUUAGUGCCCCUGAUCAUCCACCUAGCUACUCUCAGCAUAGCUACCAGAACAUGAGGUUAGAUGUGGAUGGCAACUACCGGCUUUCAGAGCCAGCCAAUCAAAGGCCCCAGUCUAGGGGUCAUCACCCGCCCCCCUACUCACAAGUGCCAGGAUCUGCCAGGGCUCCUCAGCUUUGGUCCUCUGAGGCCACACGUGCCUGGACUGCAGCUCACUCACACUCCUCCUCCUUUUCUCAUUCUCAUUCUCACCGUCAUUCUCACAACAACCCACCAGGUCCUCGUGGUCACCCUCGGCUGCAGCGUCAGACCUCCUCCUCUGUCAGGCUGACUCGCAGUGAGCUGCACCCCAUCCCUGCUGCCACUGGCUUGGGCUCAUCAGGGGGGCUGGUGCCUCUGUCUGUGCACCAGCGUAGCCUACACUGUUCCAUGCGCUCACCCUCCUCCAACCUCACUGCCUCCCAGCUACAUCCAUACUUUGAAAAUGGGAAGGUGUGUUAUCGCUAUUUUGAGACUUCUGGACACAUGGAGGGACCACUGAGCCACCUUCAGCCAUCCAUGUCAAAAUCACAUCAAGCCUAUUCAUCCCAGACCUCCCCAAUACAAGCAUAUAACCCACCCUCCAAAGAUGAACCAAUUUAUGUGAACUACCCUUUCACCAGCCCUCCAGGUGCUGGAAUGAACGCUAAGACUUGGACCACCACAGACCUGGAUGGAGAUGUCCACCAAGGGGCAGAACCUGUCACGCACCCUCCUGAGCAAUCUACAGAGGAUGAGCAGCAGUCCCCAGACAAAGCUCUAGAUCAAGAGUGUCCCACAACUAGUUUUGAAAGCCCUACCCAAAACGAUGGUGCCUCAGAUUCCAAGGCACUGGAGAUGCCCACAGCCUCUGAUACAAUGCACUUUCGCAGCCACUCUGACCCACAGAGCUCAAGCAUAGAACCCAGUCAGGCCCUGACCGGGAAGGACAUUGCUUCACUGCUGAUUGAGAAGCUUGCAGAGGACGAAAGAGAGGGUCUAAGUGUGGCUACGUCAUCCUCUGCGUCUUCCUCGCCCCAUGUUGAGUACCCCCCUAACCCAUACCCCAGCCAACAUCAUAAGCGCCCACCACCUGCCUACAACCCAGGAUCCUCUCGGGGUCAUUUUGAGAGCCAAGGUCUGCCACGAGAAGGUUCAGGAGCUUUUCAACGCCAAGAUCCGAUGCGCCGUUCUUCCAGUGGCCAGUACAGACAAGCCUUUGAUGUUAUGCCAUCUGGAGACCAAGUUCUUAAGUUUUACAGAAGCCAAGACUUUAUCCCAACCCCCCAGGGAGAAAGCACAACACCGAACCCGUACCCGACAAGACCUCACUGUCAGGAUUCCACCAGUCAUAUCUUUCAGGCUCAUCCAGACACAUCCCAUUCCUCUGCUUCUCCUUUGGUGGCCUUCUCAAACUUGGCACUAAGCACACCAAGAGGAUAUGGGGCUCAAAUGGAAGUUAAUCCAUAUAACCAGUACCCGUACCAGGCAGGUCCAGUGCUUCCCCCCUACCCUAAUGCUCCCAGGAGGGAUGUGAUCCUGGAUCCUGCUCUUCGCCCUCCAGGACUUCGGAGCCAGAGGGACUUGAACCGGCAGGGUAAUCUGUCUGGUCCCAACUGGUCCAUUCACACAGAAGGUCAGACUCGCAGUUACUGUUAAAGCACAAACCAAUGGCAAUGGUAUACAUUCUUUGGACUGGAAGUGAAAUCCAUUGGGAGUAAUGUCCUAAAAUAACCCCACUGCUGUGCUGCAUAACUGGACCUUUAGAGUAAAGGAAAGAGAAGUGAACAGAGAGGGUAGGGCAUAAUGGUUAAGAAAAUCAAAGAAGUGAACCAUAUAGUGGCUUAGAUAUGUAAACAUUCCAGUAGACACUGUGUUGUCCAGCAGAGGGCGUCAGAGAGUUGUAUGGCUGCUGUCCCUCUGAAGGGAGUAUCAGGUAUUCUGCAUGGUGGCGUUUUUCUGCUUUAGGUACUUUCUGGGUUUAAGUUUAUUGCUAGAACACUAGGUGACAGGACAGAGAGUGGUGUACAGGGAAAUAAGCUUAGUUUGUCUUUUUUUUUUUUUUUUUUUUUUUUUUUUAAAUGCUAAAAUAAUUUGAUGGUAACCUUAUGCUGCUGGCUGGUUCUAAAGAAGUGACUUGUUUUAUUUUGCCUCAGUAUUUUUCUGUUUGUAGCAGUCUGACAUUUUCAUUUUUACAGCUUUUUAACUUUAAGUUAAUUUAACUUCAUUACAAAGAGCAUUUAAGAUAGUUUUUUGCUGUGUUUCAAAGAUUGCAAAGAAUAGGAAUGUUAUUAUAGUUUUUAGUCAUUGGUUUGUGUGAGAGAGAGAGAAAGAGAGAGAAUGGGCACGUGUUUUCGUUUGUGUAUGGGUGCUUGUGUCACAAUAGUCUUCUAUGUCCUGUGAAACGUACAUGAAAGAAAGUGAAGAAAACACUGCCAUGUGCUUAAGGGUUAAUGUGUAUGUGUGCAUCUGCGUACAUUUAUGUGUGUGUACUCGCAUGUAUCCAUGUUUAUGGAAGGUACUGCACAUGUAACCAUGAGUACUGGAUGUGGGAUUCAUAGCUGAACUGUCAUCCGAUGUGCUAAUCAAUGCAUCAGUCAUCAGUCGUAAAUACAGAGGUUUCCUCAUAACAAACAGUUGCGCUGUAGUUUUUGCUGCAUGGCCCAUCGAAAGUUUUAGGACAUCUUGUCUUUUUAUUAUUAUUAUUAUUAUUAUUAUUAUUAUUAUUUAGAUUUGGAGAGGUGGGGAAGUGCUUUGUGCAAUGAAAGCCCUGCCCAGUCACCUAACUUUAAAUCAAUCGAGCUGCUCUGGGAGGAGUUGGACACAAAGGUUUGAGUCAUGGCAGAGCAUCUCUGAUGAAUGCCUGGAAACACAGACUGUUUAGUAAAAAAAAAUGUGUAUGCAGUAGUUGUAGCUGUUUAGCAUUUUUUUUUUUUAGACAAAACUAUAACUUACAAUUAAAUAUUUUAUUAAUUAUUGUGGCAAAUAUUUACAAGAUAUUUGUCUUUAAUAUGUUACAUUACUGCAAACCAAUAAAGAAACUGCUCUGUUAGUGAAAUAUUGUGAAAAUCUAGAUGUCUCCAAAUUUUUGAUGGGCAAUGUUUGUCCAGUUCUGAUACCUUUUGAAUCUGUUGCCUUUCCAAGUCUGAGGAAUUGUUGAAACAUUCUCACAAAUCUGUGUUCACAUAAUGAUUAUAUUACCACAACAAAAGUGUGCAAAGUGUAUCAGAGGUUCUUAGUUUAGUUCUGACACUAAAACAUCUGUCCAUCUAUCCCCCUUGAGACUUUUGUUAUCUAAAUAUUGGAGCCAAGUUCGUUAGGUAGUUCUUGCAUACUGCCAAAGUUUAGUUAAGCAGAAACAGGGUUGGGCAGCUCAACACUACUGUAAAUGCAAUAUGACAAUGUGAGGAUUCCUUAGGGCAAGUGAGCUCCUGGUGAUCUACCCUUAAUUUAAACACACCUGACUCUAAAAUUUAAGCAUGUCUGAAAAGAUCUCCAGUGAAUGGAUUUGGGCGUGAUGGCUUUUUAGGUUGUGUGUAAUUUCUGUAGGAGGGUAGCUCUCCAGGAGCAUAGUUGCACACCUCUUAGGGUGGAACAGGGAUGACACCUGUAGUGGUUUCCUAGCAACGGAUGCCUUUCCUUGAGCACUUGUUUCGUAACGUGCCGAGACUUGAACAUUACCUCUUGAGUCAGUGUUAAUAGGGAUACAUGAGCCUUUAAUUGCUUCUUUCUCGUUAGCAGUAUGUCCAGUGUCCUUAAAUUGCUGGCCCUAAAUGUUUAAGGUGAAUACAUUGCACAUUUUUAUUUUUUUUUUGUUUGCUGCUCAGGAGUGAGCAACUUUGUUGAAGUCUUUAAGGUACAAAGUUUAGUUGUGUGUGUGUGUGUGUGUGUGUGUGAAGGCUCUUUUGUCUUUUUUAUCCAUAACUAUGCAGUGAAGUACAAGGGAAGAUUUCCUACAACAUAGUAACUCUUUACUCCAAAUGUUAUGUAUGUAUUCCAGUAGAUGUGUGCGUGCGUGUGCGUGCGUGUGCGUGCGUGCGUGUGUGUGUGUGUGUGUGUGUGUGUGUGUGUGCGCGUGUGUGCGCGUGUGUUGGUUUAUGUGCUUUAAACCUAAACAUCCUGUUCAAUGGUCUCUUUUUUUGCCUUGUAGCACUUUGCAAAAGGCAAUUCACCAUGUUUUGUAAUAUUUACCAAUGUGUGAAUUAAAAAAACUUGGAUGCAUCAGUCAUAUAUUGUGUUUGUGUGAUAUUUUUUUAUAACACAGUGCUUUUGAUUUCUCAAAUCUGCUUGGUCAGAAGGUGUUGAUUAAUUUUCUAUAACAGCAGCUCUGAUAGUAGUGCCAGCUGCAAGACAAAUCAUGUUUAUAUUAAUGUGCUUGUUGUAAUACAUUGUUUCUAUAGCAACAGCUUAGAGGGAUUGACGGCAUGUAAUGUAACAAAAACAUGAAUUGAUUUUUAACAAAGAAAAAUGUGUAAUUUUGACGCUGUGACGCUUUCUGUAAGGAGAUGUUUAUUAUUUAUGGAAUGUUUAUGGUCUCCAGUGUAGGCGCUUUGUAACAGUAGGUUUUCCACCACAGGAAAGUCUUCAGGAUAGAGGAUUUCCUCUGUAGUGUGUCAAGUUGUGUUUUUCUUUGUCUUAUUAACUUCAAUAUAGAGGAAGAAAAUGAGGCUUGUGAGGGAAUGACUGUUUAUAAUUGCUAGAAUGUAAGUGAUAACAGGAACUAGACAUUCCACAACAUUAUAGAUAACUUUAAAUGGCAAAUGGUUUUAACCUUUAACUGGUUAAAAGUAUGACAUGUUGGUCCUUAAAUGUAAUUGUUGCCAAAUUGCUGUGAUAUAAGAAGAAUAAACACUUUGUGGUGUACUGUUACUGGAAAAUAAUCAAGUUUGGGGCAUCACACUAUGGUGUCGAGUUUUAUACUUUAUUUGAUUAUAGCAUGUUUUUAACACAUUCACAAGUGAUGGGUGGAAACGCUGCCACUAAGCUUGAACUCUCGACCUGCAACAUUUUUUGUCAUAAAGGGAGGGAAUUACAGAUCUAUUAUCAUAAAGGGAGGGAAUUACAGAUCUAUUGUAUUAAUAGUUCUGAAGCGCAUGACACAUUCUCCAGAUAUGCUUUCAAACCAUUAUGAAUAAUCCCAGAAUUAUUCAUUAUUAGACUUAAUGUUAAUCUUAGAGGAGAAAAAUAAUUUUUAAAAAAUUACCAAAAAAAUAAAUUGUGUAUGUGUUUAUAUAUACAUUACAUUAAACGUUAAAACCACCUGCCUAAUACUGUGUAGGUCCCCCUUGUGCCACCAAAACAGCUCUGACCCUUCAAGGCAUGGACCCCACAAGACCUCUGAAGGUGUGCUGUGGUAUCUGGCACCAAGACGUUAGCAGCAGAUCCUUUAAUUCCUGUAAGUUGUGAGGUUGGGCCUCCAUGGAUCAGACUUGUUUGUCCAGCACAUCCCACAGAUGCUGGAUCUGAUUGAGAUCUGGGGUAUUUGGAGGCCAAGUCAGCAUCUUGAACUCUUUGUCAUGUUCUUCAAACCAUUCCUGAACAAUUUUUGCAGUGUGGCAGGGUGCAUUAUCCUCCUGAAAGAGGCCACAGCAUCAGUCUCAUGUUCAAAAGGAGUUAUCAUAGAGCUGUCAUCAAUGAAAUUAUUCAGAUUAACCCCAGAUAAAGACCAGCUGUUUCUGUAGGAUUUUCUUGACAUCUUCUUGGUUUCAUCUGACUGCUGACGCUGUGGUCUGCAGUGACAAAGCCUGAAUAGGGUCUCACUGUCAAAAGGCUUCGAUCAGGAGAGGGGGUACAAAUAAAUUUCCAAAACAUUAAGUGUACCAUGGAACACCGUGAAAGCCGUCAUCAACAAGUGGAGAAGCCCUUUCUCACAAAAAACUUCUAAGCCCAACUAAAUCACCCCAAACCAUGUGGCAAAAUGUGUUACCGUCUGAUGAGACCAAUUCCAAAAGUUCUAAUAAUUCCAUAAUUCCAAAAGGUAUGUUUAGUGCCGAAAAAGCACAUCAACAAAGGAACACCAUACCCAUGGUGAAGCGUGGUGGUGGUAGCAUGCUUUUCUUCAGCCUGACCUGGGGCUUUUAACAAGAUGGAAGGAAUCAUGAAUAGCUACAAAUACCAGCUGAUUUUAGUGCAAAACCUUCAGAUAUCUGCUUGUUAGCUGAAGAUGAAAAUUUCACCUUUCACACAGUGAAACGACAGUGAUCCAAAGCUUACAUCCAAAUCAACAAAGGAAUGGCUUAACAAAGGAAUGGCUUAACCAAAAAAAGAUCUAGCCAGAGCCCAGACCUGAAUCCAAUGAAAAAUCUGUGGCGUGACCUGAAGCAGGCUGUGCACAGGAGAUGCCUUCACAAUUUGAUGGAUCUAGAAUGUUUAUGCAAGAAAGAGUGGGAAAAAUAUUUCCGAGUCAAGAUGUGCCAUGCUGAUAGACUCUUACUCAAAAAGACUGAGUGGUGUAAUAAAAUCAAAAGUUGCUUCAAAAAAGUAUUAGUUUAGGGGUGUGCACACUAUGCAACUAGGUUAUUGUUUUGCUUGUUUUUCACUUUAUUUGUAUACUUUGCAAUUGCACAUUAAAGGUGAGAAAAGAUCUGACAUCUUAGUGUCGAUCUUUUACUUCACAAAAAUCUGCCAUUUUACAGGGUUGUAUAGACUUUUUUAUAUCCAUUGUGUGUGUAUAUGAAAACCAAGCUGUUCUCACAGCUUAUUAUUGAGUCAGUAUUAAACUCUUUUUGCCAUUCCUUUGGUGCUAUAAUAAUAAUAGCCUGCUAUUGUAGGUUUUAUUUUGUUUUCAGCUAUAACAUGAGCAUGGGAGUGGAAUUUCUUUCUAUAUAUCCUAGAGGAAUAUCCUGUAAAACUAGUUAGCCUCUCCGUCACAGGAUCCACUCCCAGAUAC